UUUUAGGGAAAUGGCUGCUAUCAAGACCAGUGGGGCCAAUUCGAGUUCAGUGGAGACGUUCGGCAAUAAACUGAGUACCGUUCAAUCGAAUCGUUCAUUGGUUGCUGCAAAUCAACAGCUUCGCAUUCAACUUGCAUUCGCUAAAGCAGAGAUUAGCCGACUGCAAAACGAAAUCGUUGACUUACAAAGACGAAUUGCUGGACUUGAAUCAACGAGUGAUGAAGAGCGUAUCGAAAUGAUUGUGAGGAAACGAUUGCAGCAAAGAGUGCAACACUUGAAAUCUAUAGCUAAUCGUACUCUGCAGUAUAUGAAGAAAACAAAAGCGGAUUUUGAUUAUGCAGCGGGUCGCCUCGAUCACGUUCUCUUGUCCAAUAAUUUCGAUGACGGUGACGUUUAUACAGGUGGAUGCAGUCGAAGUGUUGUAGUGCCCUCAACAUGCGAAAAAGGAAACGAAAUCCUUGGACGUCAUGCGCAACAGCCGUCUGCUCUUGAAGCUGUAGAGGAGGAUAUUUACGGUGAGAUGGAUGAAAAUGAAGAUGCUAUUUCUGAUAGAGUUCUAAUCGUGCCUAUAAGCAGUAAUGGCUGUGAACGAUCGUCAGAUGGUCGCAAAUCUAGUCGUAAUAGUCGACGACAAACUUUUUUUAUCAAAAAGGAGCCUCAUGAAUUUGAUCCGUCAGCUGUUGCUGUUCCCGCGGAACUUGUAAUGUCUACCACUACCUCAGGACCUAGAACCUCCGCCACAUUUUCUAAACUUGAAACAUCAGUUCAAAUGGUUUCAUUGCUCUCAACUCAGAACCACGAAGAUCCAUCGGCUGUUGCUGCUAUGACGGAACUUAUAACUCCCACCACGAUCUGUGCACCUGAAACCUCCACGGUAUUCUCUAAUCGUGAAACAUUAACUACGACAACAUAUGAUGAAAAUACUCCCGCGAAAAACAACCAGAUCGAGAAAUUGGAAAUUGUUAUGCACACGAAAAAGAAAAGGAAGAUUUCAACUAACGAAACUCCGAAAAGAUGUAAAAAAAGCUCGGGAAAUAAUGCAAAGGCUACGAAAGAAAUCAGCAAGUUACUGACAGUUCCAUCAUUUACACCUUCCACUGGCAUUUCCAAUGUAGCAAAUUUAAAUGAAAAAAUGCGAUACAAACGUGCUGCUGCAGCGAAGAUAUCAUCUUUCAAGGAACCAAACCUAGUAACUAAAAUGCGCAAUCCAAAUGUUAAUGGAUCCAUAUAAAUAUGAAAAAGGAAAGAAUAGAAGAGAGAAAAAACGAGUUGUCGACGUAAGCUAUUGUUUUUUUGAUAUCAGUCUUUCGAUUCAGAUUGCUAAAUAUUCAUUUUAAUUGCUUUAUAGUGUUUUAAAAAGAUGCAUGCAAGCAGAUGAUUUUUAACUGUUCAAUUUUCUGUUUUUGAUUAUGGUGAUUUGUGAUUUUUUAGCUAUAUUUCUUUAAAAUAGAAAAGACGAAGUAGGCUUUUCUUUUGCACUUAACAUGUUGUAUUUGAUUGCAUAAAAUAAAUCAUCUUAGGAAUUCUCAUUGGAAUCUACAUUGCCUGAAGGAGACAUCCAUAUUUAUUAAGCUAUUUACUUGAUCUGUACAGGCUAUUUAUUGUAAGC